GCGUCUUCAGAGAUAGGGCGAUAUCCAACAUCGUUUACCACUUCCACCCACAGGCCAGCACCACUAGGGGCUUUCCCGAGCUUCUUCUUGUUACGUUGAUUGCAGACGCUUCUCAUUUGCUGCCUUAGAGCUCCUACUUCCGUUGAUUUUGGAAGAAAUGGUUCAACAGCUUCCUUUGCUUUACCAGCUAGGUGCACUAUUGCGUGUUCCAUGCGAUUUCCCACAACCUCGAUCUUGGGGAACCUGUCUGCAUUUGGCACGUAGACGACCAAGCCAUCUUCACUGUUAGGAAUAUCUCGCCAUAAACAAUAUCUUCCAAUGUCACAAACCAAAACUGUCUGCAUUUCUGGUAGAUCGGUUUGAUGCCGAUAAUGGAGGAGCAGCUCGUCGUCUGAUAAGGUGGAAAGUUCACCAUUGAGCAACUCAAAAAGUCCAACCAGCCGAGCUGACCUCAGUUUUUCGAAGGCCACUGCAAAGAUUAGGAAGAAAUCGCUUGAAACAAUUGUUAUCAUUUGA